AGUUUAUAUAAAGCCAACAAACUAGACUAUAAACAUAUUCCAUCUCAGGAAGGCGGAAAGGCAAAAAGGAGCAGUUCAGUAUGGGUUCUCUUCAAGUGAUCUUUGCUUCAGCUCUCCUUUAUGCAUUUCUACUACCUGAAGGGGAAUGCAUCACAGGAGGUAAGGAAGCUGCAGCACACUCCCGUCCCUACAUGGUCUCACUGCAGGAGGAAGGUAAACACAAUUGUGGUGGAUUUCUGAUCUCCAGUCAGUGGGUUAUGAGUGCUGCACACUGCUUCCAGGAGAGCACUACUUUUAAGGUGGUGUUGGGUGCUCAUUCCCUAUCCCAGGCAGAGGACACAAAACAAACUUUUGAUAUGGCUGGUGUCUAUAAGCACCCUGAUUUUAACUCUGAGAACUACGAUAAUGAUAUUGCGUUGAUUAAGCUAAGUCAGCCAGUCCAGGAGACCAGUGCAGUGAAGCCUGUGAAGUUCCAGAGAGCAGGAGGAAAUGAUCCUGGAACAGAUGCUGAAGUGGAAACAGCUGGAUGGGGUGCACUAGACAACCUGGGGGACCGGCCAGACAAACUGCAGGAGGUUACUGUUGCUGUUAUAAAAAGACCUACCUGUAGUCGCAGCAACUCCUAUGGGGAAUCUUUUACAGCAAAUAUGCUAUGUGCUGGCAGCAGACGCAAAGACACAUGCAAUGGUGAUUCUGGUGGUCCUCUGCUCUAUAAGGGCAUUGUUGUGGGAAUAACCUCAAAUGGAGGGAGAAGCUGUGGUUCCACCAGAAAGCCUGGACUCUACACCAUCAUAUCACGUUAUGAUGAUUGGAUCACCCGCACUAUGACCCAGUAACAUGUCAGUAGUUUGAUAAAAAAAUGAGCAAGGUUUAAAAUUCAUACUAUCAUCUUGUUUUAACUUCAGCUUUAAUCUCAUUUAAACAGACUAUAGUCAUCCUUUUUUUUAUAUAUAGUUUCUGGUCUUUGGCUUGCUGUGAUCAACCCUGUGAUGUCACACUGGUCACAGACUACAGCUUAACGGUAUACAGUGUUCACAUUGCUCUUUUUGAAAGUUAAACUGUUAAUCUUGACAUGACAAAUAUUAUAUACAGGUAUAUGUAAAACGUGUUUGUUCAGAUUUUAUACCAGAAUUGAAAGUUUAUAGGUUAUUAUGCUGUAAGUCAAUACAAUAUUCAAGAUGUAUUAUCAACUAAAUAUUUUGUUGACUCCCUUUUGGCGAAAACAUAACGUGAAAUGACUCCUUUAUGGACUUUAUGGACAUGUAUUCCAUACGCCAACAUAUGCUUUCUUCAUCUCUUCAUCUCUUCUUCAUUUCUUCAAGUGGUUAAUAUGCUGUACUCGUGACUAUUGUCUAUUAUUCUCUUUAAAAAUAAACUGCACUAUAUAUAUUUUUUUUAUCCUGGCCAUACUGCCUCUAUUAAAAUAAAUGUUUGCUAUAAAUGAUACAUUUUAAGUCAGAAAAUGGCUGUUUAUGUUGCAAAAAGCUGUAUUUGUAAAUGAGCAGGUCUGCCAAUUAAAUAAAGAAAUAGGCAAAUAUGAA